AUGAAUCAUUUUCCAAUUCAAGAAUUUAAAAGUAAUGCAUUAAGUUUGCAGAGACUACCGCCUGAAAUCUUAGUUGUCAUCUUCAGUUAUCUAGAUGAGAAGGAGCUCUCCAUCCUGCAGGACCUCUCCAUUUAUUUUAGAAACCUUAUCAAUGAUGAGGAAUUAUGGAAAAACCUCUUUAAGGCAAGGAUACACACCAACUAUUUCCCAUCCUAUUCUCAUUCUACCAAAUAUAGCACAGAAUAUGUAGAAAGAGUUCAUGGAUUGAAACAAUGGAAACAUAAUAAAGCUGUGAGAACCAAAUAUACCAUAUCACCUUCUUCUCAUAUGGUUCAACAAAUUGAAAGUCUGUAUUUUGAUUAUCCACGUUGUACCUGCUAUAAUGAUGGUGUUAUAACAAUGGUUCAAUUACAAUCGAAUAGAAAUAAACAGAGGAGAUAUACCUAUAUUCCCUGUACAACGCCACAGGGCUGUUCCACCAUGAAUUUUAAUAUAAAUGCAGCCGUAUUUGGAAGGUUCGAUGGUAGGGUGUUUGGGAAACUAUUAAGUAAUAGAUCAUAUUUAACACCCGUUACAGAAUUUAAUUCAAGACAUUCUGCAUGUGUAACUGCAAUAACAAACUCAACUGUACCUGGAGAUUCAAAUCAAAAUUGGAGUGUUAGUGGCUCCGAAAAUGGUGAAAUCAUUUGGUGGUGUGAAACUAAGUCGAUGAAUUUUAAAAAGGUAUCCAAUAAGACUAUAUUACACCUUUCUCUAUAUAAGCAAUGGACCAUUGUUAUUGACGAAGAAAAAAUAUAUGUCAUUAAAGAUAUGGAAGAAGUAAAUAUCCUCCCAUUACCUACUAUUUCUAAUGACUCAUCUGAAGAACGUAUUUUACAAAUCCAUUUUUUCAAAGUAGAUUUUGGAUCUCGUUGUAUUGUGUUAGCAAAUUUGCAAACUGUGUACGUUAUUUCAUUUGAUGUUGAAAAGAAUUUUGGAUUUACCAGAUCCAUAACUUUUCCAGCAGCUAACAUAUCCGAUGUGAUUAUUGAUGAAAAUACUGCAAAUAGAGAACAAGAUCUAGAGGUGGCAGGAUUAGACGGGUGUUACAUAGCAGUGUCAACGAUGUCAGAUGAGGUGAAUAUCAUAAACAUAAGGGCUCCUGGGCAAUCACUGAAAAUACAGUCAAAUAUAAAAUUUGAUGAACCGAUUUAUAAAUGUGAAGUCACUAAUUUAGUAUUGGCAGCAGCACUAAAUGGUUCAUUGCAAAUAUUUGAUGCUUCCAGUGGUAACUUAAUUAAGACUGUUCAAAAAACUGAAAAAUUUCCAGAAUUCUUGAGCAUUUCUCAAGGUAGAAUGAUUGUUGGAAGUGGAAAUACCUUAAAUUAUCUUCAGUUUAUCUCCGAUGACCUACACUCGAGGAAAUCAAAAUCAAGUGGAUCACGUAACCGCAGUAAUAAAUGGAAUGAAACAAUGAAUUCAGAAUUACAAUUAUAUGAUGAUGAAGUGACGAAAAGGAGAGAACAGGAAAAGAAAGCAGAAAAAUUGUUUGCAAAAUACGGAGGAGAUAUUGACGAAGAGGAACUACAAUUGAAGAUUGCAUUAAUGGAAUCGGAAGAAACAUUCCAUACAAAUGGAAAUGACUCCAACACUAGUCAGAAUAAUGACGAAGAAAAUUUGAGGAGAGUACUGGAAGAAUCGCGAAAUGAUACGAACAAUUUAAAUAUAUCCAGUAUGGACAUUCGAAACGAAGAUGAAGAAUUUUUAAAAGCAGUGGAACAAUCUUUAUUGGUUAAUGAGAGAAGCCAAGAAACAUCUCAUAGUAACAAUCACCCGCCACUGACAACCACUCAACCCGCACCUACAUCAUCUGCGGAAGAUGAAGAGUUACAAUUAGCAAUUGCAUUAUCACUAAGUGAAAUAAGCCAGCAUUAA